CAGAGCGAGCGGCUGGAAAUUCACCUGUGGCACCGGGGGGAGGGGGGAGACCCGCAUCGGGCGGGGGGGGACGAGCCUCCGGGGAAGCGGGUCUGCGGCAGCCAUGAUCCAUUUUAUCCUGCUGUUCAGCCGACAAGGGAAAUUAAGACUUCAGAAAUGGUUUAUCACUCUUCCUGAAAAGGAAAAGAAAAAAAUCACCCGAGAAAUUGUGCAGAUUAUUCUGGCUCGAAAUCAAAAAAUGAGCAGUUUUGUUGAUUGGAAAGACCUCAAGCUUGUUUACAAAAGAUAUGCUAGUUUAUAUUUCUGCUGUGCAGUAGAAGACCAAGAUAAUGAACUCCUGACCCUAGAGGUUGUCCAUCGUUACGUAGAGCUAUUGGACAGAUAUUUUGGCAAUGUAUGUGAGCUGGAUAUUAUUUUCAAUUUUGAAAAGGCAUAUUUUAUUCUUGAUGAAUUUCUAAUGGGAGGGGAAAUUCAAGAGACAUCCAAAAAAUUGGCAGUGAAAGCCAUAGAAGAAGGUGAUAUGUUACAAGAGACAAUGGAAGAAUAUAUGAGCAAGCCUGCCUUUUAAAUCAAAGCUACAGAACCAGCAAAAGAGGCCAUGUAACACGGUAUAACAUCUCCUAGGUGCCAGAUUCUGUCUGAUACCAUUCCCUAAAGUUCCAAAAGUGGUAUAUUAUCUAUGCAAUUGUCAAGAUGAAGGUCAGCCAUAGUGCUGUCUUUAUAGCAGGACAUGUAUAUUAUACUUUCUAUGAGUUUAUUUUAAUAUAAUCUUUCUUGGCUGUCUAGAUUGAAAGUUUUAUGGCAACUCUUACUAUCAGCUUUUUAAUUCUAAGAAAUUGAUACUAGAACCUUUGAAGGAUAUAUUUAUGAUUCUGGACCAGUUGUUGAUCGAUUCAAUAUAAUUUUAUAAAAAGAAAAAAAAUGUUAUGUGGUCAUUUCUUCUAGAUUAAUAAUACUUUUGCAAAACAUGCGUGGAGUUGAUAGUUGCUAAUUUUUAAUUUGCUUUGAUGGCUAGUGGCCUAAUCCAGAUUUAACUGGGUUGUAAAUAAUUUAAUACAGUACAGUGUAGUCCUUUGGGUUGGAGGUGAAUCAGUUUGUAUAAGAUUGAAUAUAAACUUUGUCAAGCAUUCCUGAAUCAGUAUUUCUACAAGCUGAAAACGAACAAUUAUAUCCUAGUUUGGAUAAUUUUUUAUCUGGGCUUUGAGCUUCUUCAGUGAAGCAAUAAAUUGAAAUGGCUGAAUUUCAUCCUUACAGCUAUAGAUCUAUAAACAUAUGAAUGCAGUUGUACAAUAGCUAGAGGCAUCCUUGAGUUAUCAGUCAAUUUCCUGCAUCAGUGCCUUUUAUGGAUUUGGGAGGUAUGGAGAUUUUAUCUUAUUAGAGGAGCCAUUCUUCCAAGGAUUUCCAUGGUAAAAAGUUGUCAUGGAAUACAGCCACCAGUCAGGUUGAAUUUCCUCAAACACUGUAAUCUGUCUAGCUGGGGUAUACUAAGUACUGUAUUUGCCAAGAACCUCUCCCUUCAGCCCUGGUCAAUGAAAAGUGAAAAGCAAGUUCUCUCAGUUUCUGAUGAUGAAAGCCCAGAAAAUACAAAACACAACAAACUUUAUAAAAAUCUUGAGAAUAUAAGGAGUACUUAUGUAGCCAUGCAGUCAUGCACAUGAUGUGAGAAAGGUUUACUAGAAUUCCCUUUCAAAGCAGUCAAUUUUCUAGUUAUGAUAAAGAACUUGUCUGGAAAAAGAAAAACAUGGGAGUCUGAGGGUAUAAAGCAAAAAAUUGCCUGGCAGCUGAUUCCAUCCUUUGAACAACUCUCCAGUUGAAUGAUAAAGGGGCUGACCAAUUCUCAUUUGAUAACUUGGUGAACUGUUGUGUGAAAAGAAAAGAAAGAAAGAGUUUUGAUAUA